GUGCUUCUCAUUGGUUGAGUUUAAACCCCGGCCGUGAACGCGGCUCGCAGAUUGGCUGCGUCUCCUCUCCAGCUGUACUUCAAAGAAGACGCUCGCUACAACUAGGUAGUGUUGGGAGCUGUGAGCCAGGAGAGAAACCGUGUGACCCGAGUCAACACGGGAAAAUCCGAAUCAAAUUGGAGUCAUACAGCCUCGAGACCGCGAGCGCACUCACCGCAGCAGACCCUGGAUAUGGCUACGUCUAUACUUGGGGAAGAGCCACGUUUUGGAACUACACCUUUAGCUAUGUUGGCUGCAACUUGCAACAAAAUCGGUAACACCAGCCCUCUGACAACUUUACCCGACUCCAGCGCUUUCUCCAAAGGUGGAUUUCACCCGUGGAAGAGAUCCUCCUCCAGCUGCAACUUAGGAUCCAGUCUGCCCGGUUUCACGGUGGCAACGAGCCGAGCUUCGACGGGACUAACACCGACCAGUGGCACCGGCAACAGCGCCUUCUGCUUAGCCUCCACAUCCCCGACCUCCUCUGCGUUCUCCACCGAGUACAGCGGUCUGUUUUCCAACUCUGCGAGCGUCACAACGCAGGAAUCUGGCCAGUCUGCUUUUAUCUCCAAAGUCCACACUUCAGCCGAGACUCUGUACCCGCGAGUGGGCAUGGCGCACCCGUAUGAGUCGUGGUACAAGUCGGGGUUCCACUCCACCAUCUCUGGUGAUGUUGCGAACGGCGCGUCCUCGUGGUGGGACGUCCACAGCAACCCCGGCUCAUGGCUCGAUGUCCAGAAUCCCACGAGCACCCUCCAGACUUCUCUGCACUCCGGGACCCCGCAGGCGAUCCACUCCCAGCUGAGCGGCUAUAACCCGGACUUCUCCUCGCUGACGCACUCGGCGUUCAGCUCCACCGGAAUCAGCCCGUCCGCGUCUCACCUGCUGUCCACCAGCCAGCACCUGCUAACUCAGGACGGCUUCAAAACUGUCAUUCCCACCUACACGGACGCUUCUGCCGCCAAUGCCAUGACUUCAGGAGGCAGUUCAGGGAUCAGUAACUCCUCCAGGUCGUCCAGACGCUACUCCGGCAGAGCGACAUGUGACUGUCCGAACUGCCAGGAGGCUGAGCGACUGGGGCCCGCCGGGGCCAGUCUGCGGAGAAAGGGACUCCACAGCUGCCACAUCCCCGGCUGCGGGAAAGUGUACGGAAAGACCUCUCACCUGAAGGCGCACUUGAGGUGGCACACCGGCGAGCGGCCUUUUGUCUGCAACUGGCUUUUCUGCGGAAAAAGGUUCACUCGGUCAGAUGAGCUGCAGAGACACCUGCGCACGCACACCGGCGAGAAACGCUUCGCCUGUCCGGUGUGCAACAAGCGCUUUAUGCGCAGUGACCAUUUGAGCAAGCACAUCAAAACGCACACGGCGGGCGGAGGAGGCAAAAAGGGCAGCGACAGUGACACCGACACCAGCAACCUGGAGACGCCGAGGUCCGAGUCUCCAGAACUUAUUUUGGAGGGGGUCAAUCCCAGAAUCACAGUUAAGGAUCCGUCACCUCACGACGAGCCCUGAGGCGCCACGCGCACGCAGAGCAGACAGAAAAACAAACUGCACAGCUAUGAAAACGGGUUCUGUUGGACAGGGAAACGGAGAAAAUAUUUCUUGAAGCAAUUGCGAAAUAAAAAAGAACAUAUUUAUCAGGCAUCAUCAUAAAAUACUGAUUUCCUGUAGGCCUUCGGAAUGAAUUUCAAUUUAAAAAUAAUUAAAAAGACUGGAUGCGCAAAACCUGUUGACCUUUGGUUGGACAAUGUGAGUCCCAUUCUGUAUAUUGACCUCUUAAUAUGUGUUAUUCUCAUGUAAAUGUUAUAGGCUCUGAUUGUUUUAUUCGUGUUGGUAUCCUGGAGAUCAAGGGAAUUUACUUUUUUCGACGCACUUUUGUGAAUAUCUGUAUGUACACAGCCGCUUUUUCAACUUUUGUUAACCAUUUUAUUUCUUUGCUAAAAAUGAUCUAUAUAUAAAUGUUUACCUGUAUAAAGUCACACGUAUAAGGCUUUCAUUUAUCGUAAUUAAAACAUCUGGAAAUGAAA